GGGAGGUUGCUGGCUACCCUCAAGCAACGACACUCCAAACCAUCUUGUCUUUAGUGCUUUUAUUAUGCAAGCUAUUUACAAAGCAAGAGCUUCAGGAAAACAUGUCUACUCAUUGCUAUCAGAUUCUCCCAAUGGCGCUUUUCGGCUCCUCCCCCAGCAGAGUAGUUUGGGGACCCCAGAUCUCCUUCCACUGCGUUUGCAAGCCGUUGAUCUCAGUUCUGGGGUGAAUUUGAAAGGACGCUCCUGUGCUGUUUCCCCGCUUGAACUUUCUACUGGCCCCUCCUUCCUUGCUGAUAUCCCAGGCUGCAGGAAGGGCUCUUGUAUGCUGCCUGAGCCCUGGCCCCGUCCGCUCACUUCCUGCUUCCUUUCUCCUGUCCUUCCGCUGCUGUCCGAGCUGUCUGAGGAGCUGGAUUUGAUGGGGGAUGGCUGCUCCCUGUAAGCCCACCCCCUUACACUAUCCAUUCUGAAGGAAAUCAGCCCUGAGUGCUCAACUGGAAGGACAGAUCAUGAAGCGAGGCUCCAAUACUUUGGCCACCUCAUGAGAAGAGAAAACUCCAUGGAAAAGACCCUGAUGUUGGGAAAGAUGGAGGGCACAAACAAGGAGAAGGGGAUGACAGAGGAUGAGAUGGCUGGACAGUGUUCUCGAAGACACCAACAUGAGUGUCUAGCCAUCGCACGUGGCACCCAGAAGAUUGUCAGUGAGGGCAUGGUGCCCUUGAGCUGGAAAGGAUCCCCAGCCGUACUGUAAAUCCUCCGAUUUUGUCUUGGCUCUCAGAGCAGCUCAUCCUGGACAGUGAUGGCUAAGCAAAUGCCAUAUGGAGAAAAAACAAUAACUCCCUAUUAGUUGGUGCACUUGUUUUCCUUUGCCAUCUCUAGCCUGUCAACUUGCCCAGCUUAUCCUUUAACGGCAUCUCUGGAUCACCAGCCCUUCAAAUUCAUUACUGCAAUGGUCUUUUGUGCCAAAGUCAUCCUUGCUUGCAGAGAUAUGGCAAAGGCAGAAACAGCAGCCUGUGAAAUCCGGACCAAGACAGGGAAUCAGGAAGUUACAGCAAAGAAACUGGACUUGGCAGACACCAAGUCAAUUCGAGAAUUUGCUGAGAAUUUCCUCAAAGAGGAGAAAGAACUCCAUAUCCUCAUUAACAAUGCAGGGGUUAUGCUGUGCCCCUACUCCAAGACAGCUGAUGGCUUUGAGAUGCAUCUAGGAGUCAACCACCUUGGGCACUUCCUUUUAACAUUCCUGUUGAUAGACUGCCUGAAGCAGUCUGCACCAGCACGCAUAGUCAAUGUAUCCUCACUGGCCCAUCAUGGUGGGAGGAUUCGCUUCCAUGACCUCCAGGGCGAGAAGUGCUACAAUCGGGGCCUGGCAUACUGUCAUAGCAAACUGGCCAAUAUUCUCUUUACCCGGGAGUUGGCCAGACGACUGCAAGGCACUGGCGUCACUGUAAAUGCCCUGCAUCCUGGAACAGUCUCUUCUGAAUUAUUCCGCCAUUCAACUAUAAUAGAUAUUUUAUGGAAAAGGUUGCCUUUCUUCUUGAAGACACCGGUGGAAGGAGCCCAAACCAGUGUGUAUUGUGCAGUGGCAGAGGAGCUGGAAUCAGUGAGUGGGAAGUAUUUCAGUGACUGCAAACCAGCAUAUGUAUCUCCUCAAGGGCGCAAUGAAGAAACAGCGAAGAAGCUCUGGGACGUCAGCUGUGAACUAUUAGGCAUCCAUUGGGACUGAAUGAGGGGUGAUCUUUACCUAGAGUUGUACAUGCCUAGUGAGUUAUUUCUUGGAAAAGGCAAACACUGUCAGAGCUGAAGGAUGCAGCUCCUAAACGGUCAUUUGAUACCCAUGUUUUUAAUUUUGUUCAUUAUAAAGAGAGCCAUUCAAGGCUUUCAUAUACACAACACAGCUAUCGGCGUGCUCUGGUUUCCAACACGAGAACAGCCAUCCUCCGCUUGGUUUGAUGCAUAAAUAUGGAAGGAGCAGUUGCCAAAAUGCAAGCAUGCAUUGUACUCCUCAGUGUUGAUUUGUUCGAUAAAUUAAUCACUAUUACAUUUAUGUUCCUGGUGGAGGCUAACUGAGAUCUGUCAAUCCUGCUACAGUAGAUGCUUGCUUGUACUGCUACUUUCUUUAUCUUUUACGAGAAGCCAGCUUUUUUCUGGCCUCUGAAACAUAAAAUGUGAUCAGAAUGGUGCAUUGAGAGGUUUAGACCUGCAAAUGAAAUAUUGUUUCUGGAAGCAUAAUAUGAUAGCUAGUUGAGUCCAGUUCAGUUCACUCAUCAUUCAAGGCAAGUUGAGUUUAAACACAUAGGUUUAACCUCCCUGUAGAUUUGGGGUCCAGUUACACUUUUGAACUUGAGUUGUGAGGAUAUCACAAAAUGGCUGCUGUGGUGGAUGCUAGCCAUAAAACACUCCACAUAAGGCAAACUGCUGAGAUGAAAAUAGGGGUUGCUUGCUCAAAUCAGUAAGUACAAGGUGUGUGUAUUCCGAGUUCCAAAACUCUUGCUUUAAGCCUCCCAUUUUCUAGUCAACCAGCCAAUUCCCACCAAUGCAGAGGUGGCCAGCCUCACGAGUGUGGUGUAGUGGUUAAGAGCGGUAGACUCGUAAUCUGGGGAACCGGGUUCGUGUCUCCGCUCCUCCACAUGCAGCUGCUGGGUGACCUUGGGCUAGUCACACUUCUCUGAAGUCUCUCAGUCCCACUCACCUCACAGUGUUUGUUGUGGGGGAGGAAGGGAAAGGAGAAUGUUAGCCGCUUUGAGACUCCUUAGGGUAGUAAUAAAGCGGGAUAUCAAAUCCAAACUCUUCUUCUUCUUCUCUCUCUAAACCGGCCCUUGAAAAUCUAUUUUGAUUUCCUGCCGCAUGACCAAAUUGCCUCUUGUACUCGGGUACAGACAUUUCUUGCUCCCUCUCUCUCCUUGGUGUCAACACUUUAGACUGCUAGUGUAUAAUUAGAACUAUUUAAUUGAACAUUGUCUGUGGGGAGAAUGGUUCAUUCUUUUUAGGGUCCACUAGCCAAUCAAAGUGGUAGGGGGGCCUAAACAGACAGCAUGGCGGAAAGCAUGACAUAACCUUAACCCAGAGAGAAUUAAAGAGCUUGGUGGGUACCCCAGUAGAUAUCUUGGUAUCAUACUAGGGAGCUUAGCUGUAAAUUGAUCAUUAUUUUGUAUAAUAUAAGUGCUUUGUUAGUAUCUAACAGCCAUUUGUCAGAACAAUAGCGCCUUGGUAUGGGCAUGGUAUUCUUAAUUUUCUGAGGGAAAAUGAGAAGCCCAGCAGCAUGCCUUUUGAGUACUUAGUUGUUGGACAGGUAACUGUUAAAAGGAGUGAGAUUCUGCAUAAAUCUUUGGUGCUGUGAUCUCAUGUUGGCUUACAGGGGGGGAAAAGUUCUGCUUGCAUCGAGGGGACUUUCCUUAAACUAUGUAUAGGAAUGCAAAGUCCAUUUUCUUUGGCUGGAAGUUUCAGUUUGGCAUUCAGCACUGGAAAUUUCUCAGUAUGCUGACUAAAUUAAACAUUCAAACUUGCACUGCUCUUUUGUCUUUGCUUCUAAACAUUGAUUUCUAUGAUUUAAUUUAAUGUAAUUUAAUACAAAAUCCCAAUGUAUGUCAAAGUUAAACCAAAUGAAAUAAAUUGACAAAAUAUGCUUUAUUCCUGUUCGUUAUGGACAGAGGUUCAUCUCUCAAGGGUCAACAUUUGUUCAUCAGAAGGUUUCAUCUCAUCAACACCAGUAUUUAUGAGGCAGGGCAAUUUAUAGGACAGGUUUUUGUUGCUGGCGAAAAAAAUCCUUAGAGUGAGCCCCUUAGGAAUUUUGAGUUGCAAACAAUGUAAAGUGCAUAGAGUACAGUGCAAAAGAGAACACAGAAUUAGUCUAGAAUCUUCACCAUAGCAUGGUCUAUUGCAGGCAUCCCCAAACUGCAGCCCACCAGAUGUUUUGGCCUACAGCUCACAGGACCAGUGGUCAGGGAUGAUGGGGAUUGUAGUACAAAACAUCUGGAGGGCCAGAGUUUGGGGGUGCCUGGUCUAUUGUUUCUCCUGUGAAUAUGUAUGUGAGAGACAGGCAAGGGAAUGAAAGAUGUAUAGCAACUUAAAAUACUGUAUAUAGAAUUAGUGCUUUUCUCUCCCCCCCCCCAAAUGCUUUCCCAUGAAAAAACUGAUCAAUACCACAUACAGUUACAUCACGUUCUUCUGAAGCCCAGUAGAAAUUCAGUUCUGACAGAUAGAAAAGAAGCUUUUGUAAGCCUUAAAUUCCUAAUAGGAUAAGCCUCAAGACUGAGGAGGUGGAAGAACUUGAAAGCUAAAUGUAGCCAUCUCUAUAACUUAAGCUGCAAGCUAUUUCUGGACACCAAAUCCCAUGAGCUAAUUGUUCCUAACAUUUGUGGCUGUGAUGUAGUGCUAAGACCCAUAAAUGAAGGUCAACCAUGUUAAAGUUAACAGGAAAGGAUGAUAUUAAACUUAAAAACCCGAAGGUGUAAACAUUUAAGUAUGCUUAUUUCCAAGGAAAGUGAAAAAUAUGGAUUGAUUGUGCAUCAUGGCACAGCAGUUACCUUGCUAUCACUUUAGUGCAGCGACAUCACCUACAAUUCAAUCCCCCCCUUGUAAUCAAUUCGGUUCCCUUUUCAAAGAAACUGAUGAGCUCCAUCAACUGAGUUGAAGGGUUUUAGCUGGAUGCCGUGCCUUAAUUAAAUUUAAAAGGAAUUUUAAAGCCCACUGCAAAUUAUGCUUCCGAUUGUGGUAACUGGAAAGACAGCAGGAUAGUCAGGUAAUUAGUGAACGGGAUGACAAAAACCAGGUACUGGGCAUUAUAUUUAGAAACAGGUCAGACUCCCAAAGGGUCUAGGCCAGGCAUCCCCAAACUUCAGCCCUCCAGAUGUUUUGGACUACAGUUCCCAUCUUCCCCGCCCACUGGUCCUGUUAGCUAGGGAUCAUGGGAGUUGUAGGCCAAAACAUCUGGAGGGCCACAGUUUGGGGAUGCCUGGUCUAGGCCAUGUCUAAGUGGCUGAGGACAACUCAUCUCUGGAUUCUAUUUACUAUUUAACCUUAUACGUUUAUUGCAUCACAUGGCAACAUGCAGAAUUAUGCACAUCUCCAUUACUACUCCAUACUUACAGCAAGACAUUGUGGCUUUCAUUGAGUGCUUCUGGCUAAUGGCAGCUGCUUAAAGUUGCUGCUACAGAGACAACUAUCAAAAGAUUUGUGGCAAACAGAUUCCAAGCUUGCAUGACUAUCUCACCCCUAUAAUUGCUUGGCCUAGGCUGCAACUCUGCACUCUGCUCCAGUUAGUUCACAUAUACACACAAUAGUUAUUUCACUCUACUGUUGUGCAAAGUUGGUCUGGGUCAAUGAAUAGAUAUUAAAAUUAUGACUUGUGAGAAAAUAUAAUUAAAUCAACCACCCGCUGGAGGUGUAUUUUCUACAACAGAGAGGACAAUUUUUUUACAAUAACUUUCACGUUAUGCACAUGUCGUAAAAAGCUUUGCUAAGUCCACCGACGGCAGUUUUAACAACUGGAACUUGUUUCCAAAUUUCACAUAUCAAACCAGUUUACUUCUACCACUGGUCAUUUGUAAGAUCCUUAAAGUUUGCUCCAGGAAUUAGGCUAUCCUAGUAUAUGUCAAUUAGCAGCAGGACAAAGUGCAUCUCAGCAAACUUGUGCAUUUCUCGAAACAGGAAAGGAAGCUUCCUCCUCAUAAGAAUUUCCCGUUGCUUUCCAAUACCUACAGGAGAAACAGCACAUACCUGUACAAAAGGAAAUCCUAGAGAUGUAUCUGCUACAUAUUCCAAAAUUCAAAACCCACACUACUAUCUCUUUAUACAGAUUUGCCUGUGAUAGUUCUGAGUUAGCAGAAUCACAAGCUAAGUUCCAAACUAGAUUUAACCGAUGUGGGUUUUAAAUUAAUAAAACAAUGCCCAGGGAAUACAUAUACUGAUAGCAGCACAGGAGAAUAUGGUUGAUGAAAGACUGAAACAUUAACAUUUUUAGGCUGUGCCGGGCGGUGGGGGAGAAAGAGAGAGAACACCCUGAGGUAGAGAUAGUUGGUUGUCAUCAGGACAUGAUUGGCACUUUUAGUCAGUAGUCUUUUCCUUUCCGGAAGAGGCAUCUAAGCAGCUCCUUUCCAACCCACUGCCAUACACAGACUAAGCUGUUCUGACCAACACAAUGCAGAGCCUUCCCUUCUUUAUAAAAAAGCAAACCACCACCAAUGAUACGCUUGCUGGAAGUCACUUCUUGGAGCCUUGAGUGAGCCAGGUCCUUGGUUUGGUGUGGUGCACUGAAAGCCACUGGCUGCAGAUAGCUUGCACGACAUCUUCUCCACUGUCCUCAGCCAGCUGCCGUACAUGCAGGACCAACUGCACAGCUCGAG